GAUACAGUGGUGUCGUUUGCUCCUGGGACGUCAACACUUUGUCUGCUAGCUAGAGAACAGAGGAAGUUUUGGCCUCACCUCCUGAAACUGGAUAUUGAGGGUUCAGCGAUGGAUUUUCACCAAUAACUUUUCCUUACUUUACAGUGAUCAUAUACUUGAUUCACUGUAUGGUUCAACAGCAUGUUUCAUCGCCAUGGGAUGACUGGUCAGUGGAACUGUGGCUGUCAGUAGUUUUGCUAAAAUGUCUUGCAGGGUGGACAUAUCUUACUAACUGAUAGCACCCACAGUUGCAACAACUGUUUCAUAUCAGCGCAGUUACACAGCCAUGGGCUUCUUUUCGCCUCUUUGCAAGAUUUUGAGGAGGGGGAAAUAUUUCGUACUGCUCCUUCUUUUGCUCUCAGUUCUUGCAUGGAUUGCAACUUUUUCAGGCGAAACAGUAAAAUUGGGUCGGGUUUUUUUCGCCACACCACAAACUCUUAUCAAAGAAGACAGUCUGAGGGCUAAAGUCAACACUUGGACGGAGGCAACCGAUCUCUUGAAUACUCCACCCCCGAAAGUAGAAUGCCCUCAGGAGUCACCAUUGCUACAGGGAGCUCUGAAGCUGUCCUUUGAAUCCUCUCUGAAACUGAAGGAUGUGGUGAGUGACAACAAAGGAGUGUCUGAAGGAGAGUACAAGCCCUCAGACUGUACAGCGAGGCAGAGUGUAGCAAUCCUCAUCCCUCAUCGCAGCAGAGAGAGACACCUCCUCUACCUGUUGCACCACCUGCACCCCUUUCUGCAGAGGCAGCAGCUACACUACGCCAUUUAUGUCAUCCAGCAGGCUGGUGAUGCAACUUUUAACCGUGCCAAGUUACUCAAUGUCGGGUAUUUGGAGGCACUGAAGGACUACAGUUGGGAGUGCUUCAUCUUCCAUGAUGUGGACCUGGUUCCUGAAAACGAUCACAACUUGUACGUCUGUGACAAGCAGCCCAAACACUUGGUGGUUGGCCGGAAUGCCACAGGAUACAAGCUGCGUUACAAAGGCUACUUUGGAGGAGUCACAGCUAUGACCCAAGAGCAGUUCCUUCAAGUGAAUGGAUUCUCAAACACUUACUGGGGUUGGGGUGGAGAAGAUGAUGACCUUCGCAUCAGAGUUGAGCUGCAGAAAAUGAAGAUUUUGCGGCCACCCGCUGAUGUAGCUCGCUACACCAUGGUGUUUCACAAACGGGACAGUGGCAAUGAAAUAAACAAAGACAGGAUGAGAUUGUUAGGACGAACACAGCAGGUAUGGAGAAAGGAUGGACUGAAUAGCUGCUCAUAUAAGACUAUGUCAGUAGAGAGGCUCCCUCUAUAUGUGAAUGUUACUGUGGACAUUGGUAAGCCAUAGAUUUGAGAUGAACUGUAAGCCCUGCUGUGACUACAAAAUAUUUUAUACGGUAUGUUCAGUCCAUUGAGUGCAGAAAAGCUACUACAUGGUGUGUACAGGACACCAUAUUAAGCACACAAAUGCACAUUGCUUUGAUUAGUGUACAUAUUAGACUUAAGUUAAGCUGACAACUACAUAUUUGCACAUUUUUGCAUACUUCCUGCCUUAAUUUCUUCAUAUUGUGAUCAGUCUUUAAAAAAAUUAAAGUUUUUUCUUUCAAUUAAUGAUUGGCCUUGGUCAAAUAAAGAAUAUACGGACAUCUAGCUGCCAGACUUUGAUAAAUGUAUGCAUACCGGUAUGCCUCAUUAUUUGGCCUACGUUAUAUGGUACCGGAGAAAAGCCGCAGUGGAGCUGCAAAAUAGGCUUGAAAGAAACUUGUUUUGGCAUAACAUUUGUACGUGUAAAAGCUCAUAUUGGACAGAUAGUCUAGCUAUCUGUCUGGAUUUACCCUACAGAGAUAUGAGAAAAACUUAACCAUAGUCCCCAUAAAUCGACCAGUUUAAAAUGGCAACACAAAGGAAGCCCAAGGCAACGGAUAUCCGGCCUAAAUUAGUGAAAUCCGGUGGACUUUUCGGCGGCAAUGGAGUAAUCCUGGAAGUGGAACGUCAAGGAUAUAGACUAUACAGCACAUAACAGAGGAACCUUGUGUGCAGACGGUAGAACAACUGAAGGGAAAGCAAUAAUAAUAUUUGUAGGGCUGAUCAUAUCAAGUGAUAUUCAAUUGAAAUAUGUUAUUGUGAAAAUCUAUCAUAUUGAUAUUGGUCAACUAUUAGAAGUUCCUUUUUCUGCUCUUAGGAUUUGGUAGGCACGGUAAACAUCUGCUC